UAAAAUGGAAGACCGACUUUCUGAAAUUCUGACACACAGUGUAAAUUACAUCCCAUCAGGUCGACUGCUUCCACGUUCUCCUCCUAUGACUAGUGUAAAGCGAUACCUGGAUUUUGAUGAUGCGGAAUCUGUCAUGCCAACCAGCAAGGCAGAGGCCGAUGGAGCUGUUGGGGUGCUUGGAUGUAGCAGUCCUAAAAUUGAGAACCCUUACUCUAUGCUGAAGGGCAUGAAGGGGUAUCACCCCACUCCUGAUGACUUAAAUUUCAUCAAGAAGAAGACUGAAGAGGAACUUCUUAAAAAGCUUCAGGGAGAACUGGCAGAGACUCGGACCAUGCAGGAAAAAGAACUAAAAGCCUUGGAGCUUGCAACUGUAUCCAGGGAAUUGACGCUGGCCAGUUUCAACAAAUUUCCUUCAAUUGACCAGUUUUCCAACUUGGUCCAACUGGUCCUUGGAGAGACAUCACCUGUAGACUUGACAGAUGUUGAUAUAAAGUCAAUUUUGAUCAUGGUCACAUUGGAGAAAAUCCAGAGAUUAAAUGACGAGAAGAGGAAGACUAUUGCUCAAAUGGAGGAGUUCAUUGCAGAAAAGCACAAAAAAGAAGCUGAAGAUGAAGAGCAGAUUAAAAUGCAACUUGCCAAUGAAAAGCUGAAGAUCCAGGAGCUGAUGAAACAAUUAACUGAACUGAAAUCUGACCUCUUUCAUCUAGAGACCAAUGCAGGUAAAGAACACAAGGAUGAUUCGGAAAAGAAACUGCCAGCUGCUAAGGGUAAACAAAGAUGUCACCAAACCCAAAGAAAGGAUGUUAAUCUGGGUGAGAAUGUUGAGAAAAACAAAUCUAAAUCAAGGCAGAACCACGCCAUCAAAGAGAUGAAUGUGGACCGUGGUCAGGCAGUAAAGGAAAUGUCAAGACAAAAAUUUGAAGCAGCAAAAGAAGGGUCACUGGAACAAGUAAAGGUAACCAGACGGGGAAAGGGACGAACUGAGCCACUGGAAACCCAGUUGCCUUUGCCUGGACCAAGACGAUCUAAAAGGAUUGCAAACCAAUGUGACCUUUGAUGGCUGGUGUUCGGCGUUAAACAGCUUCAGUGGGAGUAUCUAAGUG